UUAGUUGCUCUAUUUUCUGAGCGGUCAAGCACAAAUAACAUCGCUUUUCCUUUUUAUUUCAUUACUCUCCUGUCGAGUGUACUCAGUCAGCAACGAACUUCGGAUGCGACUUGCUGCCGUGCGCAUGGGGUGCGCUUAGGGACGGGCAUCCACCUGCGCUGUCUGGUGUCGUCAGCUUGCGAGGGCCGUAUCCCAAAUUUCGAGGCCGCGCUCGGAAUAACCAAAGUCGUGCGGCGCGCUUGGCAACAGACGUUGACCCUCGGCAUGGCGUCUUCCGUGAAGAAAUCACGUGGACCCGGCGUCGCUCACGUGCUGGUGCGCCGUAAACAGGAACGGGCUGUGGCCCCCCGCCAGGGGCUAUUUGCAGGAGACUCCAAGGUUGCCGCUCGCUGCAUGGUUGCCGCAAACCGCGGUCAAGAGCGAUUGGCACACCGGAAGCAACUCGGACACCCGCGGCCACGUGAGCGACGCUCUUAAAAAAGUGCCGCCCGAAAUAAGACGGUAGACCGGCUUUGCGCAGAGGCACUUCGUCCGAGACUUGGCUUAGGAACAGACCUUCUCGCAGAUCCGCCGUGCCAUGCCGACGGCACCCUGUCUCCAGACGCUUCAGCGGGAGCUGGCCGAUUCCAUCAUUCGGCUAGCACCACUCGACGAGCUGCGAAUUUUGCUUGCCUGCGGUGCCCGCGUCAACGAGCCGGUCACGCAGGGACUGCGACCGUUGCACUAUGCGGCUUACCAGCAAUACGACGAGGCCGUGCAGCUGCUGUUGGUGCGCGGAUGCGACGUGGAUGCGAUGGACGACGUCGGCUACACCGCGUUACACCUGUGCGCCGAACGGGGCUUCUUGCACACGGCUGAGACGCUGGUGCGUCAGGGCGGAGCACGCGUCUGCUUCACCAACACUACCAAACCGAUGCUGGGCAAUCCCCCGAGGGCUACGCUGGCCGACGAGCCGUUGCGGCUGGCCGUCAAGAACGGACACUACGAGUGUGCCGACAUGUUGCUACGUCACGGAGCCAAUCCGAACGCCCGUUACUUCCUGGGCGCCGAGAUAAACCUGGUGGGUCCCCUGAACGUAUCAUUCCUGGAGCUACUGUUGCGCUACGGCGCCGAGCCGGACGCCCGAGACCGCGGCGGCCUCACGCCUCUCAUGAAGGCCGCCCGGCACCCCCAUGGACUCGAAGCCGUGCAGCUGCUACUCAAGUACGGCGCUAACGCGAACGCCAUGGCGCCCGAACGCCACGAUCGCCGCACUGUCCUGCAUUACGCUGUGCUCUCCGGCAACCUGUCCAUCGUGCGGUUGCUGCUCGACAACGGUGCCAAGGCGCGCAUGGAGACCGGCUACAGGCAUCCGAGCCCGCUGGACUUCGCGAUCUUGCGCGGUGACCUGUCUGCCGUCAAGUUGCUCCUGGACGCCGGUGCGGACGUGAACGCAGGCUCGCCAAUCGUCGGUUCUCCGUUGCACCUGGCUCUGUCCGAGCGUUGUCGGGACCGGGAGGCCCUGGUACGACUACUGCUGGAGCGAGGCGCCGACCCCAACGGACUGACGUACGCCUCCGAGUCCGGCGAAAGGGGCGCGCCCCUUGUGCAGCCACCGCUGGGCGAGUACCUGUGCGGUCAGGAGGAAGAACCUCGGGGUGAGCUCAUCCGGCUACUGCUGCGCUACGGCGCGCGCGUGGUGCUACGCCCACAGACCAAGGACCCGCUGGGCAUUCUGCGCGCCGUGCGCGGGCUACGCGGCGAUGCACUGGACGCCGUGCUCGAAGCUGCAGAGGCUUGCCCGCGCGCCGCCGUCGAACGCUCGCUGCUGUUGCUAGGACCCGAAGCCAAGGACGGGCUGGUGGCUCUCGCCGCAAGGCCCCAGCCGCUCAAGCACCAGGCCAGACUUUGUGUGCGUAGGAUGCUCGGUGUGGUGGGACCCGAACUCAUCAAGAAGGUGCUGUCGCUCGACGUGCUGCCCAGCGUGCUGCGGCGGUACCUGCUCUAUGAGCUGUGACCGUCGUCGUUUGAUCCAUGUACAGUCACCACGUUAUUGUUGGGACCCACAGAGACACACAGGACGCAGUUUUGUUGAUAUAAAAGAAAAUGGUUUCUUAUUUUUGUCAUA